CUUAGAGUGGGUGUGCCUCUUUCCACCUUCCAGCUCCUCCUUAUUCUCUGUGGUCGCUUACCGGAUGCUCAGGGUCAAGGUUGUUAUGAAGGGAAAGCGAGAUAGCGUGAAGGAAAAGGGGGAUGCAGGUUGCUGCAGCUCUGCCACAGGAGUGACUGUGAGGAGCUUGUGUUAUAAGACAAGCUACAGAGACAGCCUCAGUCCAACACACCCCUGAAGAAUUCUUUCUAGAGGGCAGAAGGUGGAUUGUGUUACCACCUUUCGUCUCCUCCACGAUGUGAAGCUGCAAGCAAAAGCACAGAGGAAUGAAUUCCCUCUGAAACCCAGAGAAUGAGGAAGGCAGGAAAUAAUUCAGCAGCAGCUCCAGCAGCAGCAUCGACAUCAACCGCGGUGGCAGCAGUGAGCGUGAGAGAGACAGAGAGAGAGGGAGUGUGUGUGAGGUUGUGUGUGAGAGCUUGAGUGAAAGCGAGUUCCUAUGCACUGUGCCGAGCGAAGCUGAGCUGUGCCGUCGCGUGGCAAGCUGUGUGUUCCCGCUUGGUUCCCGUGCGCUCUGGUGAGGCAGAGCUUACAGAAGGGGAGAGAUGUGGCUUCACUCGGAGCUCCAGCAUCAGUGAAGACCAGCACCCAGCCGGGGCAUCACAGAGAAGCAUGGUAGGACUAGAGACCCACUGCUGACACCAGCGUGACUGAUGAUGACAGCCCACGCGUGGGUUACCAUGCGCCACAGCCGCGCUGCUCUAGGAGGAAACACAGCCAUGUGAAAGUGACUUGACUGCCAGAAACUCUUGGACAUGUUUUCCAGGGCAAAGUCUGGAUUUCUUUCUGUGUUUGAACUUGUUUUUUUUCUCUUGGUGCUGUCUGGCUGUCCCGAACUCACCUAUCAGGCAAGGACUAAAGGCAGAUGGAACAAGGGGGGAUCCCGUCUGCGCCAGGAGGACUCCCCACCCCGGAUCGUGGAGCACCCAUCUGACCUGAUUGUCUCCAAAGGGGAGCCCGCCACUCUCAACUGUAAAGCAGAGGGGCGGCCAACCCCAACAGUGGAGUGGUACAAGGAUGGAGAGCGAGUGGAAACGGACAAAGAUGACCCUCGUUCUCACCGCAUGCUGCUGCCCAGUGGCUCUCUUUUCUUCCUUCGCAUAGUUCAUGGACGGCGGAGCAAACCAGAUGAGGGAGCCUAUGUCUGCGUGGCCCGGAACUACCUGGGGGAGGCUGUCAGCCGUAAUGCAUCUUUGGAAGUAGCAUUGCUGCGCGAUGAUUUCAGACAAAACCCUACAGAUGCGGUGGUGGCAGCAGGAGAGCCGGCAAUCCUUGAGUGUGUUCCUCCCAGAGGCCAUCCUGAACCCACCAUCUACUGGAAGAAAGACAAAGUGCGAAUUGACGACAAGGAUGACAGGAUCACUAUUCGAGGAGGGAAGCUAAUGAUCUCCAACACAAGAAAGAGCGACGCUGGCAUGUAUAUCUGUGUGGGUACCAACAUGGUUGGAGAGAGGGACAGCGAGACAGCACAAGUCACAGUGUUUGAGCGACCAACCUUCCUCCGGAGGCCCAUCAACCAGGUGGUCCUGGAAGAGGAGACGGUGGAGUUCCGCUGCCAGGUACAAGGAGACCCUCAGCCAAAUGUGCGCUGGAGAAAAGAUGAUAUUGAUGUUCCUCGUGGGAGGUAUGAGAUCAAGUAUGACAAGGACGACUAUGUGCUGAGAGUGAAGAAGGCUUCCAUUACCGACGAGGGCAUGUUCACCUGUGUGGCAGAAAACCGUGUGGGCAAGCUGGAGGCCUCCGCCACUCUCACAGUCAGAGCUCGCCCUGUAGCUGCACCUCAGUUUGUCAUCCGCCCAAGGGACCAAAUUGUGGCUCAAGGCCGCACUGCCACCUUCCCGUGUGAAACCAAAGGAAACCCUCAGCCUGCUGUCUUCUGGCAGAAGGAGGGAAGUCAGAAUCUACUCUUUCCCAACCAACCCCAGCAGCCCAACAGUCGCUUCUCUGUGUCACCCAGCGGAGACCUCACCAUCUCAUCUGUGCAGCGGGCAGAUGCUGGUUACUAUAUCUGCCAGGCCCUGACCGUUGCAGGCAGUAUCCUCGCCAAGGCUCAACUGGAGGUCACAGAUGUGCUCACAGACAGGCCACCUCCUAUUAUUCGGCAAGGCCCGUCCAAUCAGACACUUGGGGUAGACAGUGUGGCACUCUUGAAGUGCCAGGCAUCAGGAGACCCCAUCCCCUCCAUCAGCUGGCUGAAGGAUGGGGUCAGUCUGCUGGGAAAGGAUUCCCGCAUGUCCCUGCAGGAACUGGGCAGCCUGCAGAUCAAAAACAUCAAGCUUUCAGACUCUGGGAUCUACACAUGUGUGGCUACCAGCUCCAGUGGUGAAACAUCAUGGAGUUCAUUCUUGGAAGUCAAAGAAUCAGGUGGAGUGAUGGUCAUGAAAAACCAUGAUGAGAAUGAGCUUCCAGGCCCACCAUCUAAACCUCAGGUCACUGAUGUCACCAAGAACAGCGUGUCCUUGUCCUGGCAGCCUGGGAUGGCUGGAGCAUCACCUGUCUCCACUUUUGUCAUUGAAGCAUUCAGUCAAUCAGUGAGCAACAGCUGGCAAACAGUAGCAGAUCAUAUCAAAACCACCCAGUUUACUGUCAAAGGUCUUCGUCCCAACACCAUCUAUCUGUUCAUGGUCCGAGCAGUCAACAGCCAGGGCCUGAGUGAUCCAAGCCCCAUGUCUGAUCCUGUCAGAACACAAGAUAUAAGUCCUCCAGCUCAGGGUGUCGACCACAGGCACGUACAGAAGGAGCUUGGUGAGGUCAUGGUUCGGUUGCACAACCCAGUUGUCGUGAGUCCCACGACCAUUCAAGUCACAUGGACGGUGGAUCGUCAGUCCCAGUUCAUCCAGGGUUACAGAGUUCUGUAUAGGCAAACGUCAGGACUGCCUUCACCAGGACCCUGGCAGACCCAGGAUGUGAAGGUCCCUUCUGAGCGCAGUGUCAUCCUCUCUGCACUCAAAAAGGGCAUUGUGUAUGAGAUAAAGGUCCGUCCUUAUUUCAACGAGUUUCAAGGCAUGGACAGUGAAUCCAGGACAGCUCGGACAACAGAGGAAGCUCCCAGUGCCCCUCCUCAGCAGGUAACAGUCCUCACUGUCGGAAAUCAGAACAGCACCUCCAUUAGCAUCUCCUGGGACCCCCCUCCACCAGACCACCAGAACGGCAUCAUCCAGGAGUACAAGAUUUGGUGUCUUGGGAAUGAGACACGUUUCCAUGUAAAUAAGACAGUGGAUGCAGCCAUACGCUCCGUGGUGGUGGGCGGGCUUCAAGUGGGAGUGGUGUACCGGGUGGAAGUGGCUGCUAGCACAAGUGCAGGGGUUGGAGUCAAGAGUGAACCUCAGUCUAUCAUCAUCGGUAAGGAGUUCCGGGACGUGAUUAUACAUGGUAACCGUAACAACAGCAUCACAGAGCAGAUCACUGAUGUGGUGAAACAGCCUGCCUUUAUCGCCGGUAUUGGAGGGGCCUGCUGGGUCAUCCUCAUGGGCUUCAGCAUCUGGCUCUACUGGAGGAGAAAGAAGAGAAAGGGCCUAAGCAACUAUGCAGUUCAGUCCUUCACCUUCACCCCUGCAGUGACAUUCCAGAGAGUUGAUGGUGGUCUGAUGAGCAAUGGAAGCCGGCCAGGCCUGCUGAACGCCAGUGACCCAGGUUACCCCUGGUUAGCGGACUCUUGGCCAGCCACCAGCUUGCCUGUGAACAGCAGCUCCGGGGGACCCAAUGACCUGAGUAACUUUGGCCGAGGAGAUCUCCCCACCGGGCAAGGGGAUAAGACAGGCACCAUGCUCUCUGAUGGAGCCAUCUAUAGCAGCAUAGACUUCACCACCAAAGCCAACUACAACAGCCCUGGCCAAACAUCCCAGGCCACUCCUUAUGCCACCACCCAGAUUCUCCACUCCAGCAGCAUCCAUGAGCUGGCUGUGGACCUGCCCGAGGCCCAGUGGAAGGCCUCACUCCAGGCCAAGCAGGAGAUGGCUAACCUCGGGUACUCCCUGCCCGACAAGAACUCUUGCAACAACACCCUCCUUUUCAUUCCUGACUACCGAUUGGCCGAAGGAUUGUCUAAUAGAAUACCACACAACCAAUCACAAGAUUUCAGCACCACCAGCUCUCACAACAGCUCAGAACGAAGCGGCAGUCUCUCAGGUGGAAAGGGAGGAAAGAAGAAGAAGACCAAGGCUGGUUCCAAACCCACCAAAGCCAAUGGGUCGAACUGGGCCAAUGUUCCCCUCCCCCCUCCCCCUGUUCACCCUCUCCCUGGUACUGAGAUGGACCAUUAUCCCAAUGAGCAUCAUGAAGGAGGAGGGUAUGAGAGUGAUGGUUGGGGCCCGCCCAUGCCCGUGCAGACGUAUCUCCACCAGGGCAUGGAGGAUGAGCUGGAGGAAGAGGAGGAGAGGGUUCCCACCCCGCCCAUCCGUGGGGUUGCCUCUUCCCCAGCUGCUGUGUCCUUUGGACAGCAGUCCACAGCCACCCUUACCCCUUCUCCUCGGGACGAGAUGCAGCCCAUGCUCCAGGCCCAUUUGGAUGAACUGACCAGAGCAUACCAAAUGGACAUGGCAAAACAGACGUGGCACAUGCAGGUGGGUUCACUUCCUCCCCAGGCUCCAGCUCCUCCAGUGGGCUACGUGUCAAGCACAAUGGUUUCUGAUCUGGAGACUGACCUGCCUGAUGAGGAUGAGGAAGAUGAAGAUGAGGAGGAGGAUGAAGGCUAUGGAGCCAGGCAUCCUCGUGGUAUUGAGCACACACCAGGGUCUAGCAUGGACAACCUGGACAGCUCUGUAACAGGGUCCAUGGUGAAUGGGUGGGGCUCAGCCUCGGAGGAUGACCGUAAUUUCUCCAGCCAUAGGUCCAGUUUGGGCAGUUCAUCUGAUGGCUCCAUCUUUACCCACUGCAGCUUUGCCCAGGCCCUGGUGGCUGCUGCAGACAAGGCAGGCUAUCGCCUGGAGGGCACUAGCCUCAGCAAGAGAGGUAAAGGCUUGUCUCACAGGCCCCGGCCCAGCAGUCCAUUCUCAACAGAUGGCAGCACAGUCGGCACACACAGCUUGGGCCACCAGAGGGCUACCAGGCCCACACGCAAACCCCGAAGCCAGGGCACAGCACCCCACCGGAGAGAUGCAGGUGCAGACGACCUACCUCCUCCCCCUGAGCCUCCCCCUUGUCAAGGGCAGGGCCGUAUCCAGGGGGCCCGCAGUAUAAGCAGCAUGGUACCCCCAACAGAUAGAAAGGCUUCAUCUCUGGAGCGCCCGCCUAUGUCAGGAGCCUUGCCUGUGGCGGAUGACAUGAAGACCUCCAUCGACAGACAGACACGCACUUCACUGGAACAUCAUCGCCAGGCUCAAGAAAGGUUGGGCUCCAUGGACCGAGCUGAUGAUGGGCGCAGGGGACUCAAAACAGAGGACGGGUGCCUGCCAUACAGUAAACCAUCCUUCCCCUCCCCAGGUGGCCACAGCUCCUCUGGCACAGCCUCCUCCAAGGGCUCGACAGGGCCACGCAAGGCCGAGGGUCCGCGACAGCCACAACAAUGGACGGCCACAGAGCACGCUGAAUUCCUUGGAACCAAUGGACAUGGACAGUACUCUGGAGAGUUAUAGUGAUCUGCCUGGGAUGUGAACUGGAGAAAACCCGGCCUGUCGUCGAAAGAAUAACGCCCUCUCAGUUGGGGCCACAAACUCUGUCCUUAUCUAUGUGUUCUCAGACGGAAGGAGUGCAGCACAGGGCACUACAGAGAAAAGCAGUGUCACAGAACUGUAAAUGUGAUGUAUAGACACAGACAUACUGUACAUCUCACUAUGUUUUCGUCCUCAAGAAAAUAUUUUCCACCUCCUACCUGUAAUUUUGUUUUUGUUAGAAAAAACAAGUAAAAAAAAAUGAAAACAUCUAUAUGAGAACAGAUUUUCUGGUAACUGCCCUUGGGGAAAAAGGGAAUUUUGUUUCCUGUAAAUAUAUUCUUUAACUUGUUGUUGCAUUGCUAUGCAAGCCUAAUUCAGUUUGAGCUUUUUAUUUCCAUAUACAGGAACAGUUGGUUAUUUGUACUAUAUGUGAAUUGAGUGGCUGUUGUGCCAUAAAAUAAUUGUUUUAUAAUCCAUUGUUUGUUAAUAGUUGCCAUUAAUUAUUAUCAUUAUUAUUAUUAAUUAUUGUUUUUGCACUGCAAUUUUUGGUGAUAAGCACAAAAACAUAGCUCCUGCUGACAUGAAGAACCGGAAGAAUAUGUGAAGAGGAGUUUCUGUACUGUAAAGUAAAGAGAAGAAAAUUAUAUACUAAUAUACAGAGAGAUAUUAAAGAGUAAGGCUUUGCUCACAGACAGCAACAAAUAAAGCACCCGUUCCCAUAGUUGAGACUAAUUGGGCGGCAGACACACAAGGUUUCCGAGGAUCUGAAGGGCAGAUUUGAAGCUGGAAGAAUUGUUCACAGAGGAUACUGUAUUACUGUAGGCAACAGAAUUCAUUAUUUAAUUCCUAAAUAACUGUCCUAAAACAGUAGUUGAUAUCAGAAACAUUUACUGCUCAAUGUUUUGAGAAAUAGACUUAUUUGUUUUUAUUUUUAGACAGUACAAGGGUCUCCGAGUGUUUCAAGUUUUGUUUUUAUGAUUUACUGCCUAAAUAAUUGUGCUACACUGAGUUUAUGCUCCUCAAUCAGUAUAACAGCACACUAACCAUAAAAUAGUCAAAAGGGAGGAUGAAUCAGUGAAAUCUGUUCACAUGCUGUUUAAAGCACUUACAGAGGCAGAUGUAUGAUUAUUUUAAUAGUUAAACAGUUAGUAGCAAUGAUAUUCCCAAACAUACCUUAAUAUAAGUGGAGCAACAUAAUUUGUUUACAUCUUUAGUGUUUUAUUUCUUUAGUCCCAUCCAUUUCAAUAUUGUUUGCUUUUUAGAGCACUUACUGUUUUUUGUUUGUUUGUUUUUUUCGGAAGGAAAUGACACAUUGACCUGUUUGGUCCAGCUAAGUUCUGCUAGAAUUAGGUCUUCUAUUAAAGCAUUUGUUGCUCUAAAGGUGGAUGUCUCAGUUAACAAUACGCUAUGAUCAGCACAGUCUUGUGUCAAUACCUUUGAGAACGAAUGGCGUGUGUACGAUUUACAAUGUAGCUUUGCGUCACUGUUUGAUCCCAAACGGUGAAGUGAUAACGGAGAAAAGCCUUGUAUAACUAGCAGGUCUCACUGCCUCCAUGUCUACAGCCACAGUGUGGAGCAGAACACUUUCUAUCUGCCUGACCGCCACAGAAAACACACACUUAUCAUCUGCAGCUUUUGACUUCUCAGCCUCUGAAUCUCAAUUUCUGUCUUUUCAGACUUAUAUUGGUUGUUCUUUUUUUAUGAAAAGCUUGUUUCUUUGUAUGCCUUUUAUGGACUCCAAAACGCUGCUUACAACAAUGUUUUCAAUAUAAAUGUUCAGGAUUUUUGUGGUUCAAUGACUGUUUGUUUUGUCUUUUUUUGUACCGCUAAUGUUGAUAAAAGGGGGGGUGGAAACUAAAGGCCAUCAGAUGCUGUUGUACUGUUGUCGUCAUGACAUUGUCAUUUUAUAUCAUCCACCCAGUGGCCAGUGUUCUGGAAAUGAGGUGCAAAGAGUAUCUCAGGUUAUUUUACAUUCUGGUGGUGUUUAUGUAUGUGUAUAUAUGUGUAUAUAUCCAUAUGCAUCUCCACUUGAUUAUGCCAUUCCAUUUUCAUUGACAAAAAUAUCCCUCUCAUGUCCAAAUCUGUUGUCCCCCUUUUGUUUCUACUGUGUAUUUUGAUUCUGAGUAUAAUGUGCUGGUUCAUCCAUCUUAAGACAAGAUGUCAGUAAAAGAACAUACCAAAUUAAGAUUGAUAUUUCUAAUGUCUAAUGCGUUUUAGUGUCUCUUUAAUACUCAUUGUUUUCUUUUAAAUCACAGUGUCGUUUUGUAUUUAUUAAAAUGAUAAUAAAAGUAUAUUGUGAAAUAUGCAUAAAGAUUUGUGGAAUAUAAAACGUGUUUUUUGUUUUCUUGUAAAGUUUGCUGUCAGAGCUGAGCAGCGAGGCCAUAAGGAGAUGAUAGGCACACUAUGCUCACAGCAUGGUGAAAUGCUGGGUCAGUAGUCGUAUGAGUCACUCUUCAUCCUGCAUGUUCACCACACUGCUCCUCUCAUGUCAAAACUAAAGAAACCUAAAACCUUUUUUGAACACAAGGAGCUAAAACGCUCACAAUUUGCUUGUCAAGACAAUAGAGAAAACGUCUUUUUGGAAGGAUGAAAGUACUUUGGCUUUCCCUCUUUUGUUCAUUUUCUCAAUAUUGUUGAUUCUUUGUAGCCUAUCUGUGUGUUGCCUUUUUGCUAUAAAAGAGGAUUAAAAAUGACAAAAAGUGAAAGUUGUUGGGUGAAGUCUUUCUGUACAGUAUGGGGUGAGGUGACACCCUGAUCCGAUGCCAUUUCUACAGUACAUUCUUUUUUUUUUUUUUCUGUAAACCACCUUCUAUAUUCACUUGCAUGUCCUUGUCCAAGAAGAGAGUGGAUCAAGAAAAUAAACUUUUACAGUCUCAUUCCCAUGUCCUGUAAGAUAAAUCCAUGUUCUUUUAUUUCCUUGUACCUGGAUGAAUAUCAAAUAAAAUAUUUUUGAAAAAUGAAAA